ACAGUGACCCCCGCGCUUCCGUCCAACGCUCUCCCGGCAUCCAUUGCAUCCCGGCCCUUCUGUACUUCGUCCGGCCGCACUGGGCCAUUGAGCCCGCGUUCCGGGCUCGGCUCUCCGGGCUGCCCAGGGCUGGCCCUGGGGACGCGGCUGCACGCCAUGGCGCAGCUGGAGGGCUAUUACUUCUCGGCCGCCUUGAGCUGCACGUUCCUGGUGUCCUGCCUGCUCUUCUCCGCCUUCAGCCGCGCUCUGCGUGAGCCUUACAUGGACGAGAUCUUCCACCUGCCGCAGGCGCAGCGUUACUGUGAGGGCCGCUUCUCCCUGUCACAGUGGGAUCCUAUGAUUACUACAUUACCUGGCCUGUAUCUGGUGUCAGUUGGAGUGGUCAAACCUGCCAGCUGGAUCCUUGGAUGGUCAGAGCAUGUUGUCUGCUCCAUUGGAAUGCUCAGAUUUGUCAAUCUUCUCUUCAGUGUUGGCAACUUCUAUUUACUGUAUUUGCUUUUCAGGAAGAUACAACCCAGAAACAAGGCUUCUUCAAGUAUCCAGAGAAUCUUGUCAACAUUAACCCUGGCAGUAUUUCCGACCCUCUAUUUUUUCAACUUUCUUUACUAUACAGAAGCGGGGUCUGUAUUCUUCACUCUUUUUGCUUAUUUGAUGUGUCUUUACGGCAACCAUAGGACUUCGGCCUGGCUUGGGUUUUGUGGCUUCAUGUUCCGUCAGACCAACAUCAUCUGGGCUGCCUUCUGUGCCGGACACAUCAUUGCACAGAAGUGCAGUGAAGCCUGGAAAACUGAGGUGCAGAAGAAGAAGGAGGAGAGGCUUCCCCCCGUGAAGGGGCCGCUCUCGGAGCUCAGAAGAGUGCUGCAGUUUCUGCUGGUGUAUGCCACGUCCCUAAAGAACCUGAGGAUGCUUUUCCUUUUGACCUGGCCCUACGUGCUUCUGCUGGUGGCGUUUUUCGCCUUUGUGGUAGUUAAUGGUGGCAUUGUUGUUGGCGACCGGAGUAGUCACGAGGCCUGUCUCCACUUCCCUCAGUUGUUCUACUUCUUCUCCUUUACUGCCUUUUUCUCCUUCCCUCACUUACUCUCUCCGACCAAAGUCAAGACUUUCCUUAACUUAGUUUGGAAACGUAGAGUUCAGUUCUCUGUGAUUCUGGUAGUCUCAGUCUUUUUGGUUUGGAAAUUCACUUAUGUCCAUAAGUAUUUACUGGCAGACAAUAGGCAUUACACAUUUUACGUGUGGAAAAGAGUAUUUCAGAGACACGAGGUUGUCAAAUAUUUAUUAGUUCCAGCCUACAUCUUUGCUGGUUGGGCCAUAGCUGACUCUUUAAAGUCUAAGUCGGUUUUCUGGACUUUAAUGUUUUUUGUGUGCUUGGUUGCUUCUACAGUUCCUCAGAAACUCCUAGAAUUCCGUUACUUCAUUGUACCCUACAUUAUUUAUAGACUUAACAUACCUCUGCCACCCAUAUCUAGACUUGUUUGUGAACUGGGUUGCUAUACAAUUGUUAAUUUUGUAACUUUUUAUAUCUUUCUGAACAGGACUUUUCAGUGGCCAAAUAGUCAGGACAUCCAAAGGUUUAUGUGGUAGUCGCAGGAAUAUUUUGAACUUUAAAAGACUAUUUCUACAACAAAUAACUGGGUUAAUAGAAGUGGAAUUUCUUUUAAGUAAAUUCAGGGAAAUGAAAAGAAUUAAGUUUGAGACUAGCCUAAAAGCUCUGAGUAAUAUUAAUAAAGUUGCUUGCAGUUGUCUUUAGAAUCUUUUCAAAAGUUUGGGGACCUUUCCGGUGUGUGUAUACGUUUAGGGGACUGGAUAAGCCCCGCAGUGCUUGAACCUAUUCACCAACUUUCUUUUGUAAAGAACGGCAAAUAAUUUGAAAACUAUUUACAAAUAAAUGACCCAGCAGUAUUUCUGAGUAGAAUUACCAGAUAUUGUAGUAAAUGUAGCUCUGAUCCUAGAAUAGAUGUACAGACAUAGCAAAUCAUGACCUGGAGGCUUUGGGGCCCCUAAGAAACAGGCAUUUUAAUUUAGGGUAUAGGAGUGAUAAAGCCAUUUGAACUAAUUCCUUAUUUAAAUUUUAUGCAGGCCAAAGAUAAACUGUGUUGCUUAUAACACUUUUUAUAGAUAAUCUUCUGAAAUACUGCUCUGUUAGUUAUCCAGGGCUCCUGCACAAAACUGACCACAAACCUUGUGGCUUCAAAGUUUUUCCUCACGUUUGUAUAGGCAGCACCUAAACUCAAGUGCUGGCAGAGCUCACUCCCUCAGGAGAAGAGUCCAUUGUCCCUGUUCAGCUUCCUCCAGCAACUACUUGGAAGGGCCUUACUUUUGGACAGAUCCCUCUAGUCUGUCUGUGUCUUCUUAGGACUGGGUCCACUGGCUUCUUGUGCAGUUAAGAACAUUGGGUUUGGGAUCCUCUGAUUCAGGGUAACAUUACCUGGAGACCCUGGAUUAUAUCAAGAAAAAUGCUUAAGGUUCCAUUCAUAGGUCCCACAUCAUUUUAGGGUGUAUGUGUGUGUGUGUGUGUGUGUGUGUGUGUGUGUGUGUGGUGUGUAUAUGAUAAGAUGUCCUUGAUGAGAGUGUUUACUUAAAAGUUUGUUUUUAAUUGAGAGACAAAAAACAAAACAAAUGGCUGAGGUCAUGUAAUUUUCAUUUGUCCCUAUUCAAACAAACCAGAAGAACUCAAAACGUGAGAGAAGGCAUUGGUUUGGUUUCGUUUUAUAAUUUAGUGAGCUCUAGUAGGUGUGACUCUGGGGUUUGCUUCCUUUCACUUUUGGUUCUGUGCUACUGUUGAAAGUUUAUUCGGCUGUCACUGUAACAGACUGUUGCUUAGUCCUGUGCUGUGACGUAAACAUGGAACUGUUACUAGAGCUUACAUAGCCCUCUGUUCCUUCUGAGCUUCACACGCACACACACACUCCCUAAAGGGAUAAAACCCUUUCUUUUUAUUGUUGGAUAAUUGCUUUCUUUGAGAUUUAAAUACGUAGUAAAUUUUAUACAACUUUAAAAACUACUUGGACAAACUUAGUCCUGGGUGUUCAGCCAGCUCAGACCAUCACUCUGUUUGAUACUUAGGAGGUUUGAUGCAAGUGUUACAGUGACUGAAUUGUUAUCAGAUCAGAAAGCUUCAUGACGAUUCGUGACGAUUUAUUAAGAUAGAGAGCUAAGUCCAGGAAGCUGGAAUCGCAAACACUUGCAGUUGAAUACAGGAAGUGCUGUCUGAUGUUCUCAGUCCCCGGCUUUUGUGUCUGGGAAGCUUGCUUCAUCCCAGCAGUCUGCUGUAGGAAGGGAAGCACUUUGUCCCAGGUAAUGGAAGGAGGCCACUUUCAGAUGUGUUGGGUCACUUCUGAAGCAGGAGACAUCAUAGGGGUGUGCAGAGAGAGGGGGAUAUUGGUGUUCACGGCUUUCCAUAAAGUAUUGGAAGUAGGACUUGGCGUUUCUGACAGAAUGCCAUGAAUUAAAAGGUGCUGUUUGUUUGUUACUGUGAUCUUAAAAAUGGAUGCAUGUUGAUACUUUUAAGUAGAGGAUUGGUUAAACUUGCUUGGGCUGUUGACAAGUUGAUGCUCAUUUGCUGAUAAAUUUCUCAAUCUUUGUAACUAAGUAUGUGAGAGAAAAAGGCUUCGCACUGCAGGGCGAUUCCCCCUUUGGUUGUUCAAAAUAACAGACCCAUCUCUGAAAGCAUUUCACUUGGGAAAAAAAAAAAUCCUUGCUUUUACAAAUAUAAAUUAUAUUUCUGCUUUAAACUUUAAAAAAGAAUUAUCAAGUAUUUUUUUAUUAGGCUUAAUUGACUUUAUUGGUUAGUUAGUGAUCAGAGUGGAUAAAGGUUGAGCCACCCGUGCAGGAACCCCAGUGUGGUUCCUAGCCCCUAGGGCAGCACCUAACCACUUAGUACUCCCCCUCCAGGGCCCUGAUUGCAGGCCUCUGACUCUGCAGUCUCCUGUACGCACCUACAUAUAACCCUCCACCCACAUACAUUCAAGUUAAAAAUUCUAAAAGGUCAUCGUAGACAAUAUCACCUGCUGAAGGGGUGGCUUGUGGAGCUCUGCAUUCUCCAUCAAUCUUCCAGUAGGAUGUUUUAAAGCCUUCAUGAAAAUGCCCAGUCUUUGGCCUGAGCUGCUUUAGGCUCAGUAAUCAGUUUAACUAGCUCUACUUUACGUGAAAAUCCACAGGCAUAGCCUUGUUUCCCAAAUCUAUUAGUAAGAGUUUGUGUGCAAUGUAUUUGCCUACGUUUAUGUUUUCCGUGGAUACUCCUCCUAUGGCUGCAUCUCACCAAAGGAUGUGGAAGUAGUGUUUUGUACUUCACUCCUAGUACAUAAUCUUGUAAGAGGAAUUUCUGUUUUCAUAGACACCUGUUUGUCCUGUUAUAAAAUACCCUCUAUUAACAAUGCAGUUUACUUAUAGGGAAUAAUUUAGGGUGUGAUCUAUUUCUAGGGUGAACUUAACUGACUUGACAUUAUCACCUUUGUCUAGAGAGGAGAGAAGGGAUUCACAGCUUUAAUUUAUAAUUCCUAGAGAGUGAACAUAUAUUUUAGGUCAAGUUCAAACUGAAUUCAGAUAAAAUCAUGUUUAUUGUCAUAGAACAGUUAGAAAGUCUUUAAAUGUUAGGACAAGUGUAAUUUACAUACUAUUUUUCAUAGAGGAUAUUAAAAUAAGGUGUAGUAAAAAAUGUCCUUGAUUUUUGUCUUCAGAAUAAAAAGACAGAUUGUUGAAGGACAGUGGUUUGUUCCUAAUCUCAAAUGAGAAUACUAUGUCUGAACUCUAGUUGGUACCUGGUGUGCGUCCUAGUCCUACUGUGUAUCACCAGGGAUUCAUGCUGUGUUACAUAUCCAUAAAGCUCCUAAACAUGUUUUAUGAUGUAUAGUAAGUAAAUUUGUAUUGAAUGGAGUUUUCAGUAUAGAAGGAAGCAGAUAUUCUAGAAGAGUACCAUAUAGCCAACUUAAUCUUAGGAAGUAAAUUGUGUUUUAUAAGAAGAGCCAUCCUGACCCCUCUUCUCCAUGUUUUCUGAAUGUUAUUUUCUGUAGUGAUGAGUGCACACAGGCACAUUUAGUGUGUGCUGUCUGCAGUAGGAUAUGAUUUUAAUAAUAUCAUUUAAGAUGUAAGGUCAUUCAGUAUUAUAGUAAGUUUUGAUGAUUUGCCUUACUUUAACCAUGACAUUUCAACCAGUUAGAAACAUCUUCUGUUUGGUUUUAGCUCUUUGGAGGAUUUACUUAUGUUUUGGGGUGUGUUUUAUGUAUUUGAAGUCAAUGGCAAUAUGUUGUUAAGAAAUAUAUGACAUAUUAUAUCCAUGAUUCCAGCAUGAAUUCCAUAAUGUUUGGAAGUUAUUUCUAAAGUAAAUUUUGUGAUAACAGGUAAUCCAAUAAUCUCCUUAUAUUACUUAAGAUGAGAUAAUUGAUUAGUGGCCAUUUCUUCAUACCUUAGACACUGUCAAAGUAGGUAGAGUAUAUUUUUCUUUCAAAAAAGUAAAUAUUACAUGGAGUUUGCAUCAGAAAUUUGAUCAGUUCAGUUUAUUCGAGCCCUGUUUACCACUGUCCUGCUCAAGAUGAAUACGAAUGAAAAGAAUUAGAGUAGUUGUCUUUAUCAGUGGUGUUUUGCUGGUUGGUGCCCGCUCACACACUCACACACACACACACACACACACACACAAUAAAGCUGUGAGCUUUUGCUGUCACCAGCAAAGCUCAUUAAGAGAAACUAUGGAGGGAGGUCUCUCCUCUGUACUGGUCAGAGCUCUCCAUAUGUUACUGUAUGAGUCAUAUGUUUCUGAAAUCAUUAGGGGCUUUUUAGAGGAAAAUGAACAAAAUGAUGAAUGCUUAUGUUUUAUUACAAAAUGAAUUGUUAAACAAGUUGUUGAUGUUUAAUUGGAAAAGCAUAGCUCCCAUAACAAUAAGUUCUUACAUUUACUUGAAAGCAUUAUGCGUUAUAUAUUGCUUUAAAUGUAGAUUAGAGGUCAACAAAUAGGUUUUAACUCACAAAAAUACACCUUUUCUUUUUAAUUAUGUAGUCUUUUCAAGGGGCUAGAGCUCCCCAAAUAAGUUUUGUAUUUACUGAAAACAUUCCAUCAGGCAAACUUUAGUGACUUGAGAGUAGGUAGGGCAUAGUGUCUACUUCAAGGGCUCUCAAGACCUGGUUUUAAUGUGGGUUUAUUGCAGCUAAUAUUCUUUAUAUUUGGUAAAUCAAGUUCAAGGAUCUCUUGAAGUAUUCUGCCUUUCAUAUAUUUUGUUUCUGAAAUAAAGUGGAUGUUUAGA